AUGCCCAAGUCGAUGCAGUCGUACCACAGCGUCGACGACUACGACGCCGACGAUGACUACGCCGCCGAACAGCGCGAGCGCGACGACACCUUCAGCAGCACCACGCCCACGUCGCCCACGCUCACCUUCAGCGCCCAGCGCCCGAUGCGUGCCUCGGACACGGACCUCACGAGGUCGACGGGCAGCGUCAACGAGCGGACCGCCCUGCUAGGAGUGCCCCAUCUGCGGGGUGCCAGGUCCUACAAGAGCCUGCCCGCCACCUCCCCGGGCACCCCUCGCCCGGGCAUGACGCGCAACAACAGCCAGCUGCCCACCAGCUCGCGCAUGCGGAGCCGCCGGGGCUCCCUCACCGGCGGCCACACCUUCAGCCAGCGCCUCGUCAAUGCCCUGGGCGAGCGGGGGGCGGGCCUCGAGCAGAGCAUGCACUCCGCAAAGGCCUCCUUCUUCCAGGACAAUCGCGUGUGGUACGAUCAGUUCACGUCGACCGACUGGGUCCACGACAACAUCGCCGACGCCUAUCGCGUCAAGGCCCUGCGGAGCCGAAAGGACAUCAGGGGCCGCCUAGCCGCGUGGUUCGACGGUGCGCAGGGCUGGAUCCUGGUAGCUCUAAUCGGCGUGCUCACUGCCGUGUGCGCCUACUUCGUCAACACCACCGAGACCACGCUGUUCGAUCUGAAGCAGGGCUACUGCACUACCGGCUGGAACAAGAGCCGCAAGGCGUGCUGCCAAGGUGCCUCGAUAUGCGACAACUGGCUCAAGUGGUCCGAGGCGGUCCGCAAUGACAGGCUGGAUGUCGUCCAGACCCAAUAUGGCUUUUUCGUCCUCUCCGUCAUCUUGCUCUCCAUGGCCUCGUGCCUGCUCACGCUCACCACAAAAACAGUCAUUCCUUCAGCCAUCUCACUGUCCACACUCGACGAAAACCUCGGCGCGGAAGUUCGGAGAUACUCUGAUCAGGCAGAGGAAGAAGACCGCAAGCGCAGCAUCAGCCCAGAGUCAAGGUUCCAGGAAGUCCAGGCACGGCCACCCAUGGUCUACUACUCCGCUGCUGGCAGUGGUGUAGCCGAAGUCAAGGUCAUCCUCAGUGGUUUCGUUCUCCACGGUUAUCUGGGUGUACGCACACUGCUCGUCAAGACGCUAGCUCUGAUCCUCAGUGUUGCAUCGGGUCUCAGUCUCGGUAAGGAGGGCCCCAACAACGACGGCAAACGCAGGGAGAUUCUCAGCGCUAGUGCCGCUAGUGGUGUUGCCGUAGCUUUCGGCGCUCCGAUUGGCGGAGUGCUCUUCAGUCUGGAGGAAGUGAGCUACUACUUUCCGUCCAAGACGCUCUUCAGAACCUUCUUUUGCUGCAUCGCGGCUGCGUUAUCUCUUAAAUUCCUGGAUCCAUACGGCACCAAGAAGAUCGUGCUUUUCGAGGUUCGUUAUCAUCUAGACUGGAAGUUUUUUGAACUGGCAACCUUUGUGUUCACCGGCGCUGUGGGCGGCGUUCUCGGCGCAUUGUUCAUCAAAGCAUCUCGCAUCUGGGCACGGACAUUCCGUCGCAUACCCGUUAUCAAGAAGCAUCCGCUCCUUGAGGUCUUCUUGGUUGCGCUUGUGACUGGUUUGAUCAGUUUCUGGAACCGAUACACCAAACUUCCCGUCACCGAACUCUUGUUCGAACUGGCAAGUCCGUGCGACACGUACACUGACACCGGCGACGGUCUCUGUCCGACCCUCGAGCAUAUUCCGAGCGUACUCAAAACCUUGUUCUUCGCAUUUAUCAUCAAAGCUCUUCUGACUGUCGUCACCUUUGGUAUCAAGGUCCCAGCCGGUAUCUAUGUACCUUCCAUGGUCGUAGGCGGUCUCGCCGGGCGCUUCAUCGGCCACACUGUUCAACUUGCUGCUCUACGCUUCAAUCAUCUGGGCGUCUUCGGAGAGUGUUCGCCUGACGGUCCGCCAGGUUCAUGCGUCGUUCCUGGAGUGUACGCGCUAGUGGCUGCUGGAGCAACAAUGACCGGCGUCACUCGUCUCAGUAUCACACUGGCCGUCAUCUUGUUCGAGCUCACGGGUAGUCUGGAUCACGUACUCCCUUUCUCUCUCGGCAUCCUGGUCGCAAAAUGGGUGGCGGAUGCUAUUGAACCGCUCAGUAUCUACGACUUGCUCACAGACAUGAACUCGUACCCAUUCCUCGAUAACAAAGUUCGACCCAUCUUCACAUCCGAGCUUGGCGACAUCACUACUGGGAAGAGACAGGAUCAUAUCAUCGACAUUUCAGAAGACGCGCUCAUUCCUGCAGUCGAGCUGCGUGCAAAGCAACGUGGACUACAAAUGAUAGGUGAACUGGACGGCGGCCUGUCCAUCAUAAAAAACGGCGUUCUUGUUGGCCUCAUUCCUGCACCAGAUCUAGAGUUUGCGCUCGAUAAGCUGGAGAACGAAGAGAACACGCUUUGCCUCAUGUCACCGCGAGUUGAUUGGGCUGCAGGGCGUGAGCCCCAAGACGAAGAAGAGCAAGAAGCCUAUGAUCCAAGUGAUUUCACUCCAUAUAUUGACCCAGCACCUGUUGCAUUGGAUGUUCACUCACCGAUGGACUUGGUAUACGAAUGCUUUGUAAAGCUCGGACUACGAUAUAUAUGCGUGCUCAGAGAUGGCAAGUACGCUGGUCUGGUUCAUAAGAAAACCUUCGUCAAGUACGUCAAAGAAUUGGAGCAUCAGGAAAAGAAAGGACGUGAGAUCUAA